AUGGGGUCUCACGAUCAGAUAUAUAUUAGACUGCUUUUUUAUUUAGUUGUAGUAUUUUCUAUAUCUGCUUCUGUGAUCGAAAGGUCAGUGGAGGUGGACUACACUUCAAGCCGUAUUCGGGUGAAGCGCCAAGACGGGUAUGUGUAUGAAAGGCCAAGAGUUUCUUUUGAUCUGCCCACGAGGCCUCCUAUAUCUACACAAAGACCCACUGUGUCCACUCAAGCACCCACUGUUGACAGGACGCAAGCGCAGCAAAUGUAUUACGCAUACCCUGCGCCCAGCGGCGGAGGCACUGUCAACAUCGGAUUCACAUCGAGCUCCACGACAACUACCGCUGCUGCUGGAACGGGAGGUGGCUACAAUUACGGAGCCGAUGUUGGUGGUAGUGGUGGUAGUGGAGCGACUGCCGGAGGAACACAAGGCCCCGGUGGAAGUGGUGGGUCAGGCGUUGGCUACAACUACGAAACACCAAGCAGUGUUACACCAGUCACGCAAAGUAGCACAUCAGGAGCGAGCGCCGGGUAUAGCUCCACAACUGGAUUUCAAACCCAAACAGGAUUAACUUCGGGAACUACUGGAGUCACUGGUUACAACUACGGAACUCCGAGCACUACAACUCAAUCGUCGACUACUGCUGGAACAACUACUACGGUGGGGACAACGGGAGUUUCUACUAACGCACCAAAAUAUUUGCCACCCUUAGGUGGUGGUGGUAAUAUUGGUGGCAAUGUCGGUGGGAUCGUGAAUAUUGGGUCUACAACAGUAAGUCCAUCGCCGCCUUCUGAAGCGUAUUUACCACCAUUGUCGGUUCCCUCCCAGUCUGGAUUGAAUGCUCCACCACUGCCACCAACAUCAAAUUAUUUACCACCAAAUCCUUCUACUUCUCUCAGUCCUACCGCAAGCCCUAGCCCGAGUCCUACGCCUAGUCCCAUUUUUAACCCGAGUCCUAGUCCCAGCUCUACUCCGAUCCCAAGCACUACUACAAACAAUUAUUUACCACCUGGUGCCGGUGGAUCACCAGCGCUUACUCCCAGUCCUGUACCACCUCCAGCAGCCACAUAUUUGCCACCAGUGUUUUGA